CCCUCGUGGACGGUAGAGGCGGCAGCGAGCUAGAGCCCGCGUUGCAGUUCGCGGCCACGUAGAGGCCGGGCGAGCCCGGGCACCGGGACCUGGCCCAGGCUCGGAAAGCAGCUCUGCGCGCGGCUGGGGUCAUGGUAUACUGAAAAAGCACUCAAGAGAAAUCUGGGGGGAGCUGGAAACUAUCAAGUUAUUGAGGCCACACAGGGGGCAGAAAAGAUAGAGAUGUUGCUAUGAGGACAGAUUCAUCAAAAAUGACGGAUGUGGAGCCUGUGGUCAACAAUUUUGCAUCAUCAGCAAGGGCAGGCCGCCGGAAUGCUCUACCAGACAUCCAGGGUUCAGCUGCCACGGGCGGAACCUUGGAGUUGCUCCUCAAACCAGAGGUCCUCUCCGUGAAGGAAGAUGUGAAAACGAAAGAUAAAGAAACAGCACAAGACCAAUUGGAAAAGCCCAAAGAUGAAGGAAAAUGAAGGCUCAUUACCUAUCAAAAGUGCUGAAUUUCUGCACAUUGAAAGACUUAGUGGCUCUGCUUUCCUGAGAUGUUUGAUCUGGUAGUAACUAUGGUAACAUUGCUGCCCUAAGCAACAUGUGUGUACUAGAUAAUGUUGUUGUGACGCUACUCACUUGGAUUGCAACCGUGAUGUCCAGUGUAGGUUAUUAAAAAGCAGAUUACUUCCAAAUUGCACCCAAGAGAGAGGUUAAGAAUGCAUGGUCACUUAAAUACAUAUCAUUGUCUAUAAACCCAACAAAAUCCAACGUUCUCUUUUGGAUUUCUUUAGCCAGAUAUAUUUUUAAUUCCAUUUUUAUGGUGAUGGGUAAAUCAUUUCUUGGUAAAUAUCAGCCAAACACUAUUAAUUUAAAACUUCAUGGGAUUUGUAGGAAAUUGUGGUUUUGGUGAGAAAGAAUGAUAGAAUAGUAAAAAAUGAAUCAGUAAAAGUAUGUUUGUUUUUUAUCCAAAAAUACACCAUUUCUUUCUCAAACCUUACAAAGAUUUGGAAAAGUAGUAAAAUUUGACAACUCAGACAUCUCUAGGAAGUUUUUGUUUGAUGUAUUUUGCUUCUAGUCUCUGCAUACUGAUUUUUCAUGUGGACUCCUAAAACGGAAAAUUUGUGAUGAGUAGUUUAUAUGGAAUAUGCCUAUUAAAUGAAUCUCGCGCUCUUCCUUAACUUCAGUGUGUGUGUGUGCAUAUAUUUUUCUUUAAUGUGAAUUACACAAAACACUUUACUAGUUGCUUUAUACUGUCCUUUCUUAUUGUUAGGGCUUUUGUGUAUGUGACGUGUUUCUAAAAUAAUUUCCUCAGGAAUGCAGACAUUAAUUUUUAUAUCUUUCCUAAACUAGCUAACGUAAUAGUAAGCACUUAAGUAUUUAGUGAAUGGUGUAGGUAGAAAUAGCAAAAUACUUAAUUUUAAUAUUUAUUUAAGUAUAUAUUUUAAAAGGAAUGAAACCAAAACCAAAGCUUUAGUA